UGACAUGAAUUGUACAGUAUCUGUGAGCUUUCAAGUUUUUUUCGUAUUUUGUUGUCGGUUGCAGUCGUUUAUGGUUACGACCAAAACAAGCAGAAAGGAAGUGAUGUAGUUUAUGUAUUUACUGUUGUGUAUUAUUACAAAUUUAAUUUCGUUGUAUUCUUAUUAUUGCUAGACAAUGAGUUACGUUAGCGAAUUAUCUCAGUCUCAGGAGUAUCUAAGUUUUCGCAGUAGCAUACCCCUAAGGAGAAUAGUAGUCGAUGCUGAGGGUUCAAAGGGAUGGAAACUUUAUGAUUCUGGGCCAAAAAGUGUGAAAGUUCCUCUGGUGUGCCUGCCUCCUGUUAGUGGAACAGCUGAGGUGUUCUUCAAACAAAUACUUGCACUCAAUGCUAAAGGAAUCAGAGUUAUAGCUGCAGAACAUCCUGUGUACUGGACUGUUAAAGAAUUUUGUGAAGGCUUCAGAAAGCUCCUGGAUUAUUUGGGGUUGCAUAAAGUGCAUUUAUUUGGAGCAUCUUUGGGUGGAUUUUUGGCUCAGAAAUUUGCAGAAUCAACAGUAAAUUGUCCGAGAGUUGCCUCACUGGUAUUAUGCAAUACGUUCACCGAUACAUCUGUGUUCAAUUAUACUGAUUCUGCAGCACUGUUCUGGAUGCUGCCUUCACUAGUACUGAAGAAAAUGGUUAUGGGAAAUUUUACUGCAUUUCAAGUCGAUAGUAGAAUUGCAGAUUCAAUAGACUUCAUGGUCGAAAGACUUGAAAGUUUGAAUCAGAAAGAAUUGGCCUCGAGACUAACGGUAAAUUGCGUUAGCUGCUAUGUUGAGCCGCAAAAGUUGCAUGGACUUACCGUCACCAUUCUGGAUGUGUUUGAUGAUUAUGCACUGUCUAAUGCUGUCCGAGAGGAAAUGUACAAGUGUUACCCCUCGGCAAAACUGGCGCAUCUAAAGUCUGGCGGCAAUUUUCCGUACCUAAGUCGAAGUGAUGAAGUCAACCUUCAUUUGCAAAUUCAUUUGCGAACGUUUGAAGGAACGGGUCUCAGUGCUUCAGAAUCAGGGCAACAGGAAUGAAGAUUUGCUAUACCAAAGGAAAAAUACAUAAAAAAUCUUGAGAUGAUGAUGAAAAUCACUUUAGACUGGAACUUUUCCAUGAAUGUGUGUGCAGCAUAUAUGUAUUUAUAUAUUUUUGUAAUUAAAACAUGAAAGUAAGAUACUUAUGAAGUAACACUGCUCAAUAUUUUGUAAAGGCCUAUCUAUAUGUAUUUGAAAUGUAUUUAUAUAUUAUGAACAUGGAAAGUUGAAGAUAACUUAGUUUAGGUAGUGAUAUAAUGUGCUUCCACAGUGAUCUAUACUUCUGAUUAUCAGCAUUUAAUGUGUAAGAAACAACGGUGAUGAUUUUUGUCAUAUUAUUGUGAAUGUUUACAAGUUUUGUAAAGGGACCAUUUUGUAAAUGUCUCAUUGCGAGGAUAGUAAGUAUUUUACAUAAUUUUGAAGCUUGUGAUUUGCAGAUUUUCAGACAUAAAAUAUUAAUAAAAUUUGUACAUAGGAUAAUAAAGUAAAUACUUUAAUA